AUGAUAGCCUCAGAAACAAAGCCUGAUAAUUUCACACUUGCUUGCAUUUUACGUGCUUGUUCCGAACAACUCAAUCUUGAAGCUCUUAAGCUUGUGCACGGGCAAGUAAUUGUUUCUGAUUUGGGAUUGGACUCCAUUACUGCUAGUGCACUUGUGUCAGCUUACUCUAAAUUUGGCCUCGUUGAUGAUGCAAAAAUGGUCUUUGAUAGGCUAAAGAACCACGACUUGGUUUUACAUAACACAAUGAUUACUGGUUAUGGAUCUUGUGGGUACUGGGAGAAAGCUCUAAAUUUGUUUAUUAUGAUGAGAAGAAUUGGAAAUCAACCCGAUGGGUAUACAAUGGUAGGGUUAUUAUCGGGUUUAACAUGUUCUAGUUUGUUGGAAAUCGGCCAAGGAAUCCAUGGUUAUUGUUUGAGAAGCGGGUUUGAUUCUAACAUACACAUAAGUAGUGUCCUUGUUAGUAUGUACUCAAGAUGUGGUUGUAUGAAUUCAACCUAUAAAGUAUUUAGUGGUUUAUUGCAUCCCGAUUUAGUAACAUGGUCUGCUUUAAUAUCUGGGUUUUCACAAUCUGGAGAGUAUCAUAAUGCCUUAACUUCUUUCAAGAAAAUGAACUCCUAUGGUAAAAAGCCAGACUCCGUUCUUGUCUCCAUUUUACUGGCUGUAACUUCACAAUUGGCCAUUUUGGCACCAGGUGUCGAGCUGCAUGGCUAUGCCAUACGCCAUUGCCUACAUUUAGAGGUCAUGGUGUCUUCUGCAUUGAUAGACAUGUACUCAAAAUGUGGUUUUUUGGACUUGGCACUCAAGGUGUUUGAUGAAAUGCCUAAGAGAAACAUAGUUUCAUACAAUUCAGUAAUAGCAAGUCUUGGUUUCUACGGACUUGCAUCCGAAGCUUUUGAAGUGUUUCAUGAGGUCUUGAACGAGCUUCUUGGUAUGGCUGGGGAGUUAGAUGAGGCAUAUGAGCUUGUUAACUCGUUGGGAGAGCAUGUUGAUUCUGGUAUUUGGGGUGCACUUCUUUCUUGCUGUGAUGCACAUAAUGAUUCGAAAAUGGCAGAGAUUGUGAGUAAGCGACUUCUUGAAGGUGAACAAGAGAGAAGCAACUACAAAAUUAUGGUUUCUAAUAUGUUUGCUGGAAAUGGAAGGUGGGAUGAUGUGAAAAAAUUGAGGGAUGAAUUAGAUGAUGUGGGACAUCCCCAAGCCGCUUCUUUGAAAACUGUCCCAUUGUUGUUUCUAGAGCUUUAUGCAGAACUCUUUGAUGAAAAUAGUGCCUCUGAUGAGGAUGAUUUCUUUUCAAAUCAUACUAGUGAGACUUUUACUCUGCCACCACCUUCUGUUGCUUCACCUUCUUGUAACCCCAACAAAAGGCUAAACCCUCAACUCCUAGACAUCGAGCUGCUAGUGCCUCACCUGAUCCACCUUCUAGUGCCUCCCAUAAAGCUUCUAUUACUGUUGAUGAUUUAG